AUGGGCUCCGCAAAUUCGACAGCGCGCAUCAUCGCGCCGCUCUCCUUUGUAUUCGACUUUGCAGCGCAGCAAUACGGCAUAUUUUCGUCGCCCAACAUGCUUGACAUCCACAACAAGAAUCCUGCUGCUUUCUCGCCGCAGCCGUACUUCAUCGGGGGCUUCUUCUUUCCACAGCAGCUGGUGCAACUUGUGUGGCUGUGGAAGCUGUGGAAUGGACAAGGAAAUGCGGAGGAGAGGGGUAUGAUGGAGAAGUUUGCCUGGGUUUAUUCGUUGGGGAAUUUUUGUAUAGGAUCUUGGAUGUUCUUCUGGAACUCGAACGACCUCAAGACGUCCAACAUAUUCGUAAUCAUCAACACGGUCGCGCAAAUCCUCUACAUGGCCACGAUCCUGCCACCGCUCGACACCCGCUCGACCCCAAACGUACUCACUCACAUUGUAUCAAAGACGUUUGCAGGAAUUGGCGUUCUCGACCUGCUGCACAACACUUCGGCGGCGUACUACCGCGGCGUCGCACCCAGCACGGUGGUGCAAGUAGCUACGGGUGUGGGGUUUGCAGCGGCAGCAAGCACCAGCGAUUGGAUCUUUGGCGGGUGCCUGGUGUACGAUCUCGUUGCGCUCAGCGUGGGUCAGGAGGGCGGGUGGUCCAGGACGCUCGGCGGGUACGCUGCCAUGACAGCGGGCAUUGUUGGACUGAGGAACUGGUUCUAG